AUGAAGAGCACGAAGAUCAGCUGCCAUAUAGGGAACGUUUGCGUGAAUAACCUAAGCUAUGCGGAUGACAUGGUGCUCCUCAGCCCCUCGAUCAAGGGGUUAAGGAAGCUGCUUUCGGUCUGUGAGCACCAUGGGAAUGCGCACGAACUGAAAUACAACGUUUCUAAAACUGAAAUGAUGGUGUUUGAGGCAAGACAUCCUCCGGAGAGAGUACCCAGUGUGUUUUUGUACGACACGGUGGUUGGUGUAGUUAAGCAGUUUAGGUACCUAGGACAUUUGUUGACGGAACUGUUGUAUGACGAUGAUGACAUUGAGCGCGAGCGGAGGUCCUUGCAGUCAGAGGCAACAUGCUCGCUCGACGAUUUGCAAAAUGCAGUAAGGAUAUAG